AUGGCUGUGAGCCGCCGGUCGCUCUACGUUAGCCUCGCAUGGGCCCUCUACGUCAUCCUGACCCCGAUGCAAGCGUAUCUGUACGAGAGCUACCCGUGGCAGGUCGAGACGCCGACGGACCGCCCGCGCGCGGACGCCAACUGGCACGACGCGUCGGCAUAUUGGCUCAACUACAACCAACACCGGGCGACCUUUCUGCCAGGCGCGCCGUACGAGCACGACGUCGCGGGCAGCAUGGACAUGCACCGCAUGGUACUCAACCUCAGCGAGCCCAUUCUCGCGAGUGCCUGCCACGAAAGUUUUGUGUACACGCUCAACAAUGGCGCGCUCCUCAGCACCAGCCUUCAAGACACGCUCUGCGCGUUUGCCGCCGAGCCAUCGCUUCGCGGCGUCGGUGGCUGCCAGCAAAACCACGCACUGCACCUUGAAGUGUCCAUCAUCUGCAUGUGGAUCGUACCUGGGAACGACGUGGAUGCAUCCGCAGCGUCGACGCCCGGUGUCUACACGUACUACAGCUCGUUUCGUAUGUCGCCGUCGGUCCGCUUCUUGGAAGCCAAGUUGCUGCUUCGCAUGGCACUGGUCCUGUACAUGGCAUUUCUCAUGUGGUGCCGCUACUACCGUGUCGUCCUCGAGGCAAUGGCAUCCUGCCAACGCUAUCCAGCGUCACGCGUCACCUUGUUUGUUGGCGAUCCCACGAGCCUCGUCGCGCCCGUGAUUGGCUCGGCCAUGCUCGCGGUCGUUCAAGUGGAUGCUCUUUGGUUUCACUUGACAGCCUACGUCUACCUCUCGCGCACUGCAUGGCUUGCGUGCACCUUCGUCGCGGGCUUGAGUCGCGUCCUCAAAACGUACGGCGCUGAAGACCGCUUCACGCCACUCGACCCGACGGUCCUUUGGCUCGCUGCCACGCUCGUCGCGGGGCCGCUCACGUAUGUGCAAGGCCAGUCGAGUUUGUGUGUGCAGCUGUACCUUUGGUUCUUCAACGCACCGGCCUCUCUUGCCAAUGCUCUUGGGUGGGGCCGCGUGCCUCUGCUGCCCGCACCCAUCGCGCCCUCGGCGGGCGCAACGCCCUCCAAGUUUGCGUCGCCAGCCUUCAACGACUACAAGCACCAGCUUCUAUGGCGCUUCAUCAUGGGCCGAACACUGCUGCAGACACCGGGCCUCCACUUCCAAGGCGGUGGUAUCUAUGCUUUUGGCCACACGAUGCCGGCAAUGCGGCAGUUGCCGUGCUUGAGCCAGCGUGGCACCGACUGCUUCGCAGUGCUCUACGACGACGAGGGCGACGCCACAGCUUGCGUGCGCUUGAGCUUGAUGUGCACGCUCGAUAUUCAGCAGCGCGGCUUGGAGGUCGGCACUGGCCUUGAUGACCAGGUCUUUGGCCACGUCUCGAUCGAGGUCGACAAGACGACGAACGCAGCUGUGUACCGCUUGACCAAGCCGCUCGGCAGCUGCGCAUGGCUGGAGUAG